UUGGGUGUAUUAGUCUGUGAACCUGUUGUCUGAUCCACACUCCGGAGCAGAUGGUGGCGGUAAUGCACCAAUUACGCUGGAUGCCAACCGCCGUUAAACAUUAAGAAGAAGAAGAAGUUAUUCACCAGCAAAUAUCAUGUAUGAUCAAGACGAAGAUAUCCAGUAUGAUGAAGAUGAUGAUGAAAUCACCCCUGAUUUGUGGCAGGAGGCCUGUUGGAUUGUUAUCAGCUCAUACUUUGACGAAAAGGGUUUGGUGCGACAGCAGCUGGACUCAUUCGAUGAGUUCAUCCAGAUGUCUGUGCAGAGGAUUGUGGAGGAUGCUCCACCCAUUGACCUGCAGGCUGAGGCCCAGCACACAUCUGGAGAGGUGGAGGAACCGCCUCGGUACCUCCUGAAGUUUGAGCAAAUCUACCUGUCCAAACCUACUCACUGGGAAAGAGAUGGCGCUCCCUCGCCUAUGAUGCCAGCCAGACUCCGAAAUCUCACGUAUUCUGCCCCUCUGUAUGUGGACAUCACAAAGACCAUCAUAAAGGAUGGGGAAGAGCAACAGCAGACACAGCAUCAGAAAACCUUCAUUGGCAAAAUUCCCAUCAUGCUCCGUUCCACGUACUGUCUCCUGAGCGGCCUGACGGAUCGUGAUCUUUGUGAGUUGAACGAGUGCCCACUGGACCCUGGAGGCUACUUCAUCAUCAAUGGUUCAGAGAAGGUCCUGAUUGCUCAAGAGAAGAUGGCCACUAACACAGUAUAUGUGUUUGCCAAGAAAGACUCCAAGUAUGCUUACACAGGAGAGUGCAGGUCGUGUCUGGAGAACUCCUCCAGACCCACCAGUACCAUCUGGGUCAGCAUGAUGGCCCGUGGAGGGCAGGGAGUAAAGAAAAGUGCCAUCGGCCAGAGGAUUGUUUCCACUCUGUCGUAUAUCCGGCAGGAAGUACCCAUCAUCAUUGUAUUCCGUGCUUUGGGAUUUGUGUCAGAUAGAGACAUCCUGGAACACAUCAUCUAUGACUUUGACGAUCCUGAGAUGAUGGAAAUGGUGAAGCCAUCUUUGGACGAGGCCUUUGUGAUUCAGGAAGAGAAUGUGGCUCUGAACUUCAUUGGCUCCAGAGGGGCCAAACCUGGUGUCACUAAAGAAAGAAGAAUCAAAUAUGCUAAAGAGGUUUUGCAGAAGGAGGUGCUGCCACAUGUUGGUGUAUCAGAUUUCUGCGAAACCAAGAAAGCAUAUUUUCUAGGUUAUAUGGUUCACAGACUGCUGUUGGCCGCUCUGGGCAGACGAGAGCUGGAUGACAGAGAUCACUAUGGCAACAAGAGACUUGAUCUCGCUGGACCCCUGCUUGCUUUCCUUUUCAGAGGAAUGUUCAAGAACCUACUAAAGGAGAUCAGAAUUUAUGCACAGAAGAUUAUUGACCGGGGGAAGGACUUUAAUCUCGAGCUGGCCAUUAAGACUCGCAUCAUUUCUGAUGGACUUAAGUACUCUCUGGCCACGGGUAACUGGGGGGAUGUGAAGAAAGCCCAUCAGGCCAGAGCUGGAGUAUCUCAGGUGUUGAACAGGUUGACCUUCGCUUCCACUCUUUCCCACCUGCGCCGUGUAAACUCGCCUAUAGGACGAGAUGGCAAGCUGGCCAAACCCAGGCAGCUUCAUAACACAUUGUGGGGUAUGGUGUGCCCUGCUGAGACCCCAGAGGGCCAUGCUGUAGGUUUGGUGAAGAAUCUAGCGCUCAUGGCCUACAUUUCUGUGGGAUCUCAGCCAUCCCCCAUCCUGGAGUUCUUGGAAGAGUGGAGCAUGGAGAACCUGGAGGAAAUCUCACCCGCUGCCAUUGCAGAUGCAACUAAGAUUUUUGUGAAUGGUUGCUGGGUGGGUAUUCAUAAAGACCCCGAGCAGCUGAUGAACACACUGCGGAAACUGAGGAGACAGAUGGACAUCAUCGUGUCUGAGGUGUCAAUGAUCCGAGAUAUUCGUGAGAGGGAGAUCAGGAUCUACACAGAUGCUGGCAGGAUCUGCCGUCCACUGCUUAUUGUAGAAAAACAGAAACUUCUUCUGAAGAGACGACAUAUUGACCAGCUCAAAGAGAGAGAGUACAACAAUUACAGUUGGCAGGACCUGGUAGCCAGUGGUGUGGUUGAAUAUAUUGACACACUAGAGGAGGAGACUGUGAUGUUGGCCAUGACCCCUGAUGACCUUCAGGAGAAGGGCGUGGCUUAUUGCUCCACCUAUACACAUUGUGAGAUUCACCCGUCCAUGAUUUUGGGUGUCUGUGCAUCUAUUAUUCCCUUCCCUGAUCACAACCAGUCUCCCAGAAACGCGUACCAGUCUGCUAUGGGUAAACAAGCCAUGGGAGUUUACAUCACCAACUUCCAUGUGCGUAUGGAUACCCUGGCACAUGUGCUCUACUACCCCCAGAAACCCCUAGUCACAACUCGUUCCAUGGAGUACCUGCGCUUUAGAGAGCUGCCGGCACGUAUCAAUUCUAUUGUGGCUAUUGCAUCAUAUACUGGAUACAACCAGGAAGAUUCUGUCAUCAUGAACCGUUCGGCUGUGGAUCGUGGAUUCUUCAGGUCUGUGUUCUACCGCUCAUACAAGGAACAGGAAUCCAAGAAAGGCUUUGACCAGGAAGAGAUCUUUGAGAAACCCACCCGAGAGACCUGUCAAGGUAUGCGACAUGCGAUCUAUGACAAGUUGGAUGAUGAUGGUUUGAUUGCUCCUGGUGUACGUGUGUCUGGCGAGGAUGUUAUCAUUGGCAAAACCGUAACGCUUCCAGAGAAUGACGAUGAACUGGAAAGCACCAACCGUCGCUACACUAAGAGAGACUGCAGCACAUUCCUGCGCACCAGCGAAACCGGAAUUGUUGACCAAGUCAUGGUCACGCUAAACCAAGAGGGCUACAAGUUCUGCAAAAUUAGGGUCCGUUCAGUUCGUAUACCACAAAUUGGAGACAAGUUUGCCAGUCGUCACGGUCAGAAGGGUACCUGCGGUAUCCAGUACAGACAAGAGGACAUGCCGUUCACAUGUGAAGGAAUCACUCCAGAUAUCAUCAUCAACCCUCACGCCAUCCCCUCCAGAAUGACAGUCGGCCAUUUGAUCGAGUGCCUGCAGGGGAAGGUGUCUGCUAACAAAGGGGAGAUCGGUGAUGCCACGCCAUUCAACGAUGCUGUGAAUGUACAAAAGGUCUCCAACCUGCUGUCAGAAUACGGUUACCAUCUGAGAGGCAAUGAGGUUCUGUAUAAUGGCUUCACUAUAUGAGCAAGCAAGCUCACCUCUCAGAUCUUCAUCGGACCCACAUACUACCAGCGUCUGAAGCACAUGGUGGAUGAUAAGAUCCACUCCAGAGCCCGUGGUCCAGUCCAGAUCCUCAACAGACAGCCCAUGGAGGGUAGAUCACGUGAUGGUGGGCUGCGUUUUGGAGAGAUGGAACGUGACUGUCAGAUCGCUCACGGUGCCGCUCCGUUCCUAAAAGAGAGACUUUUCGAGGCCUCUGACCCAUACCAGGUCCACGUCUGCAAUCUAUGCGGCCUCAUGGCCAUAGCAAACACCCGCACGCACACUUAUGAGUGCAGGGGCUGCCGCAACAAGACACAGAUCUCUCUGGUGAGGAUGCCGUACGCCUGUAAGCUGUUAUUCCAGGAGCUGAUGUCUAUGAGCAUUGCCCCACGGAUGAUGACCAGCUAAACAAAACACAGAUGAAUGACGGAAAACAGGAUAUACAGAAUAAUGGAAAAAAUCAUAGGGAAAAUUAUUUUGAAUGGAUCCCAACAGCACUUCCUGUGGAAACUGCUGGGCUUGUGAACUUCUACAUUUUUUGUUGUUGUUGUUUAUCAUGUUAUUGUUCUGAAACAGAUGUUUUGGCUGUUCAACUUAGAAUAAAAUAAAGCUUUUAAAAAAAUAAAAAUAAAAAGUUGUGAUCAUGAAGACAUGAUUGCUUAGUUUUUCCACACAGACAACACACUGUAUGCCUCUUCAAGUACAUCUUUAUUCAUUAGUGUUAUACAAAUAUCAAAACAUAUAAACAGAUGCAUUAGAUGCUCAGACUUUUAUAGGACAACACUUAAUUCUACUGUAAUUUAGGAACCACUGUAAACUAUUAAUUCUUAACGUCCUCUGAACUACAGUAUUUGUGACUUGUUUAGCGAAAUUGUCAUGGCAUUAACUAAAAGAAAAUAAUUUUUUUGUUGGCUUUCCCAUGAAAAUAUUCUCUUUAUUUAGCUCAGAGAUGUUCAAACCAGGGCCUGCAGGCCAAAGUUGCUCUCGAAUAGGUAAAAAAUAAAAAACAUACCAUUGAUGUAUAUCUUAAUUAGUAAUUUUUUUAUUAUUU